AUGGUCGAGGACGCCCUAAUGUGUUUGCAUUUGCAGCGUUCGGACCGCCGUUUUUCCGCGCAAGUGUGCUCCAGCGGCUCUCGUUCGCCACCGCAUCGGCCGGCGGUUAUUGUGUCUUCUAAGGCGAUUUUCCUCCCUUUUUUCCAUCUUCAUUUCGGUUUUUCGCCGCUAAUGUGGCUUGCCAAGGGCUGAAUUUUGCCGUUCAUCCGUCAAGGUUUGCUUUUUUCUGAUUUUGAAAGUGUAUUUCGUGUACGAGACUAGAAGUUUAGCAGUUUGAUUCUGAACAUUUUAAAAAACUGGAUUUUUUUUUAAAAAUUAUGUUUUGCAGUAAUUUUGACAAUGAAUAGUAGCUUUAUUUUAAUACACGUUUCAAAAUUUGAAAACUUGAGUACUACUGUCCGAUUCUCUUAAUUUUUUUUUGCGUUUUUCGAAUAAUUAUCUUAAAGCCAGAACAAUUAUUUUAAUUCGAACGGUUGAGAUUCAGUUUAUAGUGUAGCUUUUGAAAUGGUAUGUGGGUCAGUUUUAUUCCACUUUCUAAGUUUUCUCUUUCAUUUCUUGACUUUACCAUAGGAUCUUCUUCUGGAACUAUUCCCUUAAUAUCUCAAAUAUGAUUUCUGUCGAAAACUUUAUGCCUUAUCAAAAUAAGUUUCAUUUCGUGUUUCCCUAUCUUUUUUUCACUUGAUAUGCGCAGAGAUUUUGCAAGCUGUGAUUUUGAAAGCUUUAUAUGAAAAAUAGUUUAUAUUCAACCUGAUUUUGUCUGAAAAACAGCAUCUCCGAGGAAUUUCUGAAGCGGCGGCCGUAAAUUAGAUGCCGCCGAGAGACCCAACUUCUUGUGUGAUUUAUGUAUCUGCGCUCCGGAUUUAUCAUCCGACAUUUUUGGCGUUCCAAAAAGUUUUUCCUUUUUCCCAAGCACCUUUUUAGGUCUUAUGAAUUUCCGAAAGCCCCCGAAGCAGGUGAUUUCGCCGUUUUUAGCCCAUCGGAAAUCUCAUUUUUCUUCCCUCUCUUUUUUGCUCACAUUUUCCGCGGCGGCUUGGUCCUAAUCGCGUGACACUUUUUUCUGUUCAUUUAUUUCUUUUUUUUGCGGUUUACCCGUUUCGGAGGUUAUCAAGGCGUGAAAAGAUUUUCUUUGUUCAAAGUUGGAAAAUAUCUAGAUUUUUUUUAGGGUUUCCGCUUGACUUUUUAAUGGAUGUAAAAAAAGACAGAUUAAAAAGAUUUUUUUGGUAUAAAUUAAUAAAAUAAUUUUUGGUAUUAAUUAAUAAAAAUAAAGGAGUCUAUAAUUGUGCUCUUUCGAGAAACGAUAUUUAGGAAAACGGAUAGACUCAUAAUGAUAUUGCAAAAAUUAAAAAAAAAGCAGUCAGGAAAUGUCUCAAAAUGGAGGAUAGCUGUUUCAAGACCGGUUCGAAAUUUUUAUAUUUUAAACGGUAUAUAACUCAAAAAUAAAAGCAACUUAUCCUGAAGCAAAUCUGGAAAUUCGUACGAUUUCAGUAAUUUUUUUUUAUGUCGCUCCCAAGUUCGUUCCAACUUAUCCUGCUGCAACUUGAAAAAAAAGCAAAAAUUGAAACCGGAGGAUUUUCGUGUUGGUUGUUUGCACAUUGGACCUUCCACUUAAUUUGCCAUUCCCAAGCGCAUCGGAUUUUGCCCCGAGCGUUUUUCCUUGGCAAGAGACGUGAAAUUUUCCGUCCCGCCGUCUUGUGCAUUUGCUUCAAGUUUAUGUGUUUUUUUUUUCUCUCUUGGAAACAUGCUUCUCUGAAGUUUUCCUCAAUUAUCUGUACAACCAGCAGCUAGAGAUUUUUUUUCAACUUUUUAGAGUUUUCAUCGAUUUUUUUUAACCAUCAAGUGUGCUUGAGUGAAUUUCUUCUCUUUUCUCCAUAAUUUAUCCCAAUAAUUAAGUGAUUUCAAAAAAAAAUCUUUUGAGUUUGCAAUAGGGUAAAAAAAAAUUUUUUUCAUUCAAACUCAAUACGUCUAUGUUUUUUGCAAUGAAAUAUGGGAAAUAUUGAUUUAAAAAACUCGUGUAUUUAGAAAAAACGACGAAGUCCCGACAGUUUUGCUCGAGGAAGAGGGUAAAUUUCUAUUUACAAAUUGAAUCUGUUUUCUGAUUAUUCGAGAGUUUGACACCUUUGAAAAAUUAUUCUGUUUUUUUAAAUUUUAGAUUCUGAUUGAACACCGUACAGAAGUAAUAAGAAUUAAUUUUUUUCCUAGGUUUCAGUGUUUUUGAUGAAUAUUCAAGGUAAUUUUUCUCAUGGAGCACGGUAUACUGAAAGGAUAUCUCUAAUAUGGGGACAAUGUCCAAAAAAAACUGCUUUUUCUCAGUUAUUCAUCAUUGAUAUCUAUAACUGGCGGUUCUUGAGAAACACCAACGUCAUGCCCAAACUACGAAUUGAACUUUUUUUCUCGUUUUUCUUGUUGGUUCAAAGCUUCUUGGCUUUGUCCAUUUUGCGCGGACUUCCCAUUAGUUUUGCUCGAAACCCCCCGAACAAAUGCACUUUUACGUUCUGUUUUUUUUUCUGUCGGCUCAAUUUUCUCUUCGAGUUUUAGUGGUUGUCGGUUCUUUCUUCAAAUUACGCGAGAAGUGGCUUUUCUUCGGGAUUUCAGCUUGAAAAUUCAAACAAAUGUAAAAAUUUUAUUUGAAGAUAAUUUCAAUUUGAUUUCUUUUUUCUCUCAAAUAUUUUUGAAAUAUUCCUCAUUUGAUACUUUGACAAAAGUUUAAUUUUAACAGCAUUUUUUUUUUUAGAUUUUCGGAUCUCAUGUUUGCCUGAAAUUUUCAAAAGUUUGUCCGUUACUCUUCUAUUAAAUUCGAUUCACAGUAGUUUAUUCUCUCAAUUAAUCAGUUCCCAGUAGAUCUUCCGCGACAUUUCAUCCCACUCCUACCAGAGACAGUUUAAAAAAAAGUUAAAGUAGUUCUCUAAUUUUUUGACAGAUAAUGUCUUUAUUUUAUUGUAACUUUACACCUGGACAAAGAAACUUUUAUUCUAACUUUACAUGAGGAAAAAAAACUGAAACCACGUUGAAUUUUUGAAAAAACUUAAAAAGGGUAGGAGGUUGUUAAAUGUAUCAUUUUUAACUUACAGUGCCGCAAGAGGCGUCGCAGUGACUGACCAAACAACGAAAUUGAAACUUGGGAGAAUUGGGCCGCCCAAGUGCCACAGUAGCCAUGGACCACUCGGAUCUCAUCUCCGAGCUGCCCGAAAUCGAGAAAAUGACGCCCCAGGAGCGCAUCGCACUCGCAAAGUUUGUUCCUUCUUUUGAAAUCAGUUCUAUCAAAAAAAUAAAUAAAUAAAUUUUCGCGUUUUUUGAUACUAUUCCAAAAAAGGCCAGAUGCUUGAAAAAUCCUAAAAAGGUUUUAUCGCAGCAGUUUAGAAAUUCGAAGUCAAAAGUUUCUUUGGGCAAAAAUUACCUGAAGAAUGAACCAGAAAAGACGUUUCUUGGUUGUUUUUCAUCUUUGAUGAUUUGAGGGAACGCCGACGGCUACAACUGCGGAAAAAUGACGAACGAGAACGGGCGCUGCCGCCUCCACGGCCACGUCGACCUCGUCUGAAAUUCUCGGCAGAGGUGGCUCUUCUGGAGGCGACGGGAAGGGCCGACGUCGCCGAAGGUCCAACCAAAUUCCAUUUUCGAAGAAAUCCUUGUUUUUCUUUUUCGAGAUUAUUUUGCAAGGCCGUCUUUGUCCGAACGAAUAUAUUUAUUUCAGUCGAGCGGUUGCUCAAUGAGGGAGCCAAUCCGAAUUCGCACAACGAGGACGGACUCACGCCCCUCCACCAGUGUGCCAUCGACGACAAUCAACAGGUCGGAAUCGGUUAUUCUUCUCAAAACGCUUUGGAAGCAGUAAAGAAAAAUAAUUCUUAGAAUAAGUUUUUGAAUUUUUCAACGUUAAUGCUAAUAUUUUUGAAAUCUGGAAAAGUGGUCGAUUUUCUUUUAAGCUUCGUAUAGUUUUUUCAAGCUUACAAAUAUUUUCACAGUAGAUUGAUUUCCAAUAAACGUAAAUAAGCUCCAAAGAAAAAGAUAUGGAAAAAAUCUUGGAAGCAAAUGUUCUUUUGCUACUGUCGAGUGACUCAUUUGCACAAUUUCUCAAUUUUGGUAAAAUUUCAAAUCAUACCGAAUAGAGUGCUGAAUAAACAUUUAUCUAUCAUGUUAAAACUGGGCGUUCUAAUGAGCGAAUAUCUGUGAAGAAGAGCUGGUCUUGAAGAUAAUGGUGUUGCUGCUGGAACGGGGCGCAAAUGUGAACGCCCAGGACACGGAGCAAUGGACGCCUCUGCACGCCGCCGCCUGCUGUGCCCAUAUCAACGUCGUCCGAAUCCUCAUCGCCCAGUCCGUUUUGUUUUCCUUUCUUUCAUCGUCACAUGUUUCCUAUGUUCUUUACACAUAAUUAACACAAAAGUAUACCUGGACAGAUACACAGCUGAAUUAGCUCACCAGGAGUGGUUGACUUUUAAAAGUUUUUAAAAAUAGCCCAUAAAAAUAACUGUUCACUUUAAAAAAAGUAGAGUUGGCAAGGAUCACGUCGAAUUUUAACCUCAUGGAAGUAGUAUUGAUUUCAAUUAAGGGAAGAGUUGAGGGUUUUAUAAAUUGUCCGCCCAUGUAUGCCGUGAAGCUUUGAAGGCGUAUACGCUGAAUGUCUCGCAGUGAUGAGUUUUUUUCCACCGGCAAUUCGGGCCAGAAAAACCGUCCGGAAAGCUUUUUAAAUCAGAAUUUUUAAAUUUUCACGUCUAAGAGAAUCAAUAAAACGGAAAAGUUAAAAAAAAAAGAAGCAAAAUUUGAGUUUUUUCAUAAGGAGAAAACGAGCAAGAUUUUCGAACCAUUUAGAAUCCACGGCUUCUCGUUAUCUAGAUCAUGAAAAAUAAGACAUUUUAUUUUUUUAUAUCGAAUGUACCAUUUGUCAGUGAUUUCACUUGAACUAAGGUUCGAAUAAAGUACAAAAAAAAAAAAAAAAUUUUGGAGAAAAAGCAGUAAAUCGCUUUUUUUUUUUUUCACAGUUUUGCUAUAUUUGAAACUGCCCUUUUUCGCUCCGAACAAAAAAUUUUUUCUCUUAAAUACAGUAUUCCUGAACUUUUUCAUCUCUCAGAUGUUAGCAGCUGUGUGAGUAGGGCAAAUUUUUGAAGGAAAAAAAAUUCGUACGGAUCCAACUUUUUUUUUUUCUCCGAAUUGAAUCGUUUCCCGCAGCUGCGUUAAGAGCAUCUGCUUAUCCUUUUUUCUCGAUCUUGCAAAUGUGUAAAAUAUUCAUUUUCGUGCUGUUUUUCCAGCAACGCGAAUCUGCUGGCGGUCAACGCCGACGGCAACAUGCCCUACGACAUUUGCGACGACGAAACCACCCUCGACGCCAUUGAGAGCGAAAUGGCCGCCCGCGGAAUCACUCAGGUACUUCUUCAUCUUUUUUCCGUCAGGGUACUUUUUACAUUCAAGAAAAACCUGGAAAUUAAUUUUCAAAGACAGCUUUUUCCUUUUUUUUUUCGUAGAGAAACUUUACCUCAGAAGUUCAAACACACGUAAGUUCACACCUCCUUCGUCAGAAUUUUGAAUCCAGUUUUCUUCGAAAGUUUGGAUUUUUCCGAUUCUGGAAAUAUAUUCGAAUUGCGGAAAGCUCUCUGAGAGUCAUCCCUCCGAAAUUAUUUUGUUAGUUGAUUUAUUAGGGAAGAUGGCUUUCAAAUAGUUCAAUACGGAGUUCGAAUAGACUUAGAAAUACCAUUCAUUAGACAUUAUCAACUUUUUUUCCAUUCUGGGAAAAAAAACUGAAACAACUUUGGUUUAAUCCAAAUUUUCGUGGAGAAAUUUCGAAAAAUUUUUGUUGCUGACUAUUGGAAUUACAAUUUCCUUAUAGUCAUUUUUUUCUUCACAAACUGUGAUCAAUCUCUUUCAGAAACUUUUCGAUUCAAAAAAAGAUAUUUUUUUGAGGCGUACAUCGACGAACAAAGAGGAGCGCCUGAGAAGGCGAUGCUCGACGACAUGAAAGCCCUCCAUCAACAGGGACGCCCGCUAGACGCCCGCGGAUCCGACGGAUCUACCUACGUUAGUUUGAAAAAAAAGAAAACGGAAAAAAACGUAAAAAACCGAAAUUUUCUGCUUCUUUUUACAAUUUUGUGAGAAUAAACGCAAUUUUCAUUGCAAUCACGAGAAACUAUUCUGGGAAUUUCCAAGUUUUUCUUUUUGUUUUUCGAAUUAAUAGAAAAAAACAUAUUUCUUGGAUUAAUAAAAUAUUUAGUCAGUGGUAGUUUUUCAGCUCCACGUCGCCGCAGCCAACGGCUACUACGACGUCGCCGCCUUCCUGCUGAGGUGUGGAGCGUCUCCUGGCGCCAGGUUCGACCGAUCCGCGUCUUUCCGGGACAGUUCCUCUUUCAGAGACAACGACUUGUGGCAGCCGGUCCACGCGGCCGCCUGUUGGGCCCAGCCGGAUCUCAUAGAACUCAUCUGCGAGUACGGCGGGGACAUCAACGCCAAGACCAGCACUGGGGAAACCCCUAUGGGUAUCUUUUUGAUCUUAAGCGUAUGAAAUUGACAAUAAAAAGACCCUCUUUGAGAAAAACUUCUAACAAAAGACUGUGCUCUCAUGUUAUUCGAAUAAUCUUUUGAUUUUCUCCGAUUGCAGACCUCUGCGAAGACCCGACGACGCGCUCUGUGAUCAGCACCGUCGUUCAGAGCGAAAGAAGGCGUCGGCUGGCCUUCGGCGUCCGGGACAGCCGUCGACAGAGCAAAAAGUCGGUUUUUCGUCUCUUUUGGGCUUUUCCCCUUUUAUUUCACGCUCUGGUUCAGUUCUCCAUCAACUCGCAAAAGGAAGAAACCUCCUAUGAUUUCUCGACAUCAUUCUAUGUUCUGAUUGUCUGAUAAAUGUACAAAGCCUUUGUUAAUUUUUGUUUCUCCAUUGAUUCAAAUUUCGUAAAGGGUUUUUUUCACAAUGCUCAGAAAUUUUCGUUCAAAAACUGAGAAGAGUUUUCGGAUCGAAUUUUCCACUUAUUUUCUUAAUUCCUGAGAACCUCGAAGAAACUUUGAACAAUUUUUUUUUUUAAGUUUUUGCUCACUCGAGCAUUUUCCGUCAUUUCUUUGCUAUUUUGGAAUUUUGUGGAAAUUGUCUUGAUUAUUAUCUAAAAGCCUAUAUGAAGGUUUCUCGCAGUACGCACCCGCGCAAACUUCUUGUUUUUGAAAUGUCAAUUUUGAAGGUCGCGUUUCAAUAUUUCGACUUAAAAAAUUGUUAUCUCAAGAACUGGAAGUUUUUGCAGGGCAUUUAGAGAGUUUUGAGCAAUAUUUUUUUCCGGAGAAACUCAAAAAUUCAUUUGAAAUUUACCUUCUUUGUGUUGAGAGAGCAAAAUUGAUGUUUUUCAUUAUUUUCUACCGAUUUGGACGAGUAUUCAAGCUUUUCGAACUUUGUAUUCUCAUCCUUUUCCAUUAACAGUCAAUAUUUUCUGUUGACUUUUAUCAGAGCCGUUUCAUCUUUUGUAUUUCUUUCAAAUCAAGCUGAACGACUUGCAGACGGAAGAAGUUCGAGUCGCCGCAGCAGGGAACAGUCACCGGCGACAAUCCUUUCUCGGCGAGAGGUGCGAUUCGUCGCCAGUCGCUUCGCGAUCGCAGCGGGAUGACGCCGGCGCGAAUCGAGGCCCAAAAGGAAGGAGCCGACAUUCUCAGGCACGUCUCCGCCUUGGCUUCGGAGUCUGAUGACGUCAUUUUGCAGGUCGUGGUCGAAGGAAGACGUCUCCUCCGACGUCCAUCCGACACCGCAGCCCGUCCCUCGCGACUCGCCCAACAAGCGCGUUCUCAAGGUGAUUUCAUUUGAUGACUAGAUAAAGAAACUUUAAUGCUUCAUCUUAUUUUCGGAAAAGUGAAAUACUUGUCAUGCUUCAGAAAAUUCGGAUUGUAUUGAAAAAAAAGGAAUUUCAUUUUUGUCAACCUCAAUGUUUAGGCUCGUGACGUUUCAGAUAGUUUUGCAGUUUUUGCUCAAAUUUUUUUUCCUGAUAAAAAUCUGAAGAAGCGAUAUCUUCUAACAGUGAUUAGGAGCAAAAAGAGAAAGAUGAGGUAAGAUUUAAAUCGAGUUUAAAAAAAUCAUUACAAAUUGGGAUCGCAUCAAUUGAAAUUUUUAUACGCAUUGAACCGUGUUCAGAUUUGCCAGAAUUUCGAUUUUAAAAUGAAACGACUAUACUGAAUGUGAAGUUCAAAAAAUGGUAUGGAGAUAUGAAUCAUUUAAAAAAAAAUUAUUGUAGAUGGAUCAAAUUGUAUUAUUUUACGAAAAUGAUCAUUGUUGUAUUUCUGACACUAAUGAAGAAAUGAUGCUAAUCCUUCAAUAAACGUGAUGGGCUACAGGGAUCGCAGAACAAGGCGAAGCCGAUGAGCCCCGACGAAUGGCUUCGGAAACUCGAGACGAACGGCGACGACGACUUGGACUCGACGCCCAAACGCGCAGGAAGCCAGCGGAGACGGCCCAAAAAGGGUCAAAACGGUGAGAAUUUGAAGUUUUGUUAGGUUUUAGUUUCUGCUUGGAGAGGGAAGAAAAUCACCAGCCUUUCUUCGAAUUAAUCAAGUCGCAAUUUUUAAGAAUUUUUUUCCAUGACAGUAUGGUGCACAACUCGUUUUUUCAAGACUUGAAAAUAAGUUGAAAUUCUGCAAAUGGGAUCAGCCCCACUUUUCUUAAAUCAUAUUUCCUUUCCAGAAAAUUUAAAAUUUUCUAGAAAUCUCUCAUUUCUUAUUGUUUUUGUUUUAAAAUACUUUGUUACGAUUAAAGUUUCAAGAACAGUUCAGAAAUAAUAAGUUAUGAAAUAUCCUGGAAGGUUAUCAGUGAAAGAAGGAAUUUUCGACCAGUUUAUAUUCUCAGUAUCAUCAAUCAAAAAAAAAAUUGCUCUUUUGAGCGGCACUAACACCGCCUUUGGCGAAAAAGAAGUCAAAACGUGUAGUUGAUUGAAUAGAAAGCAUGGUCUUACGGUCCUUCGCCUCGUUCUUCCACAAUUUGAUCCCUCAGUUUCGCUUGUACGGGCACGGCGGUGAUGGUGGGGCUCGGGCACGGACCCCGUGUACACUCUAGGGUAGCCUUGGCCGACUGAGAGAGCUACCACCUCGAGUGAAGAAAAUACACGGAAUGAAGAAAAUAUGAGCUUUAUUUUUUCAAUUUUCGAAACGAUGUUCCGUUUAUAGUUUUAUCUCCGGAAGGCUUCUGAUAAAAAUUCAUUUUGAAGCAAUAUCUUUGGAACAAAAGUAUUUUUGAUGCUUUCCAGGAGACAUGCAAGACUUGCGGGUCAACGGAGAUUCGAACCGACGACAGAAGAGCACGUGUUGCUGUAUCAUUUGCUAGGUUUCCACAAAGUACCAAAAAUCUUCUUGUGAUCGAUUGCUUUUUUCACCUUAUUCUUGAAGUUCAACCCUUUUCGAUACCAAUCUACCCUAGAAAACUAUAGCUGUGAUGUGAAUUUCCCAGAUCCAUAUCUUGUCGAAUUGAUUUUUUAAACUUUUUUUCCAUUUCCUUAUUGCUGUAAAUGCCUUUUCAUCAUCGCCAAAUCAAACAUGCAAAGUGCUCUUGUGUGAUUUUUUUGUUUCGAUAUUUAUCCAUUUUCCCACUGUCAUUUCCUCUAGUGAUUCGCAUCAAAAUGCGCUUGUUUUAUCAGACUUUUGUGAUAUUUUGUUGAGAUGUUUUGUAAGAAUUGUAUGUGAAAACAUUUUGAGCAAAGAAAGUCAGUUAAUUUAUUUACCAAGUUUAUGCAAGACCCACACGGAUUCGCCCUUCUUUCUCUUGUUCUUUUAAUCAUCUUGUUGUUUUUUUUUCUUUUUUUGUUUCGUCUGUCAACAUUACGGUUGUAUUGCCUCCUCCCAUGCACUGAAUACUGAGGAAAAAUUCUUUGACACGAUGUAAUUUAAGUUUUCUCUUAUACAUGUCCUUCCCACCGCGAUUUGCCUUUUAAACCCUCAAUAUGUAUUUAAUUUUUUUUUUUCUCCAUUCUCUCACGCACAGCAUUUUAACUUGCUUUCCUUUUAUUUUGUGAUUAUUUUUUGCACUCAGAUGCGACAAAUGCGUCGUUGUCGCUGAACUCCGAGAACAUUGUGAUAUGCCCCUAUGCACAUACAUAUUCUAUAUCGUGGCGGAAAAACUUCACUUUCUCAACUUUAUCCAUUUCCAGUGUUUCCCAACUACUCCAAAACUGCAGCUUUUUCCUUGCAAAUUUCUAUUGUGUUUUGAUUCUAUAUAAAUUGAUUUUCGUUUUAUAAUGUCUAAUGUGGCUUCAAAGGAAUAUUCAAAACAAAACCAGAGAAAAAUAUUUCGACGAAAUAGAUAAGUUCAAGGAAAAAAGAUUUAAUUACUGGCUGACAUGAUUUACGCUUUGUUUUUUUAAAACUGGCGCAUUUCGAGUGCAUCCUUUCCGUGACGCAAAAAUUAUUCAGAUUUUGUUUCUCCUAAUUUUUUGAUUUUUUUACGCGGGUUUGUAUAUUAUCCUUCAAAAAAAGUAUUAUUUGUGGUCUGUGUUUUUAACAACUGAGCCGCCCGAUCAAAUGUGUUCCCCAACUAAAGCUUUUUGUGAAAAAUAAUUCUUCUAUAUGUAAAGUUAAAAUAUCCUCGAAUGAGAUCUCCAGAAGGUCGAUAAUUUCUUUAACGGUUUGUGUGGUAGCGUAUCUAAUUGAAGAAUGUUACAUAAAUAUUAAUAUUUUUGUUGCAUGAUUUUUCCAAAAAAAAAAAAAUAAUAAUUGAUUUUUUCAUGAGCAAGUCUAAAUAGAAAAUUUUUUUCUGUAUUGUAUUUUUAUACUUCUCGGACAAUGUCAUCGAAGUUGAUACUAAGGCCUACUAUUCAGUUUUCUGAUUUUGAAUUUGUUGUUUCCUUUUAAUAAUUUUGUCGUAGCAAUCAGGAUAAAAAGAGAAGUAUUAAAAAAUGUUGAAAAGACUUUUUUUUUCAAAGCUUCAAUUUUAAGUAGUUUCUCUAGUCUAGCGUUUUACAGAGAGAAAAAACUCCACGUAGAUAAUUGUGGAAAUUUUCGUAAAUGAAACAUUUCCGCACAUGUGUUUUGUUUCGCUGCGCGGACCGAUUUGUUAAACUGUGAAAUGCAUGGGAAUAGAUGAAUUCCAGAGAAUUCCACAGAGAUGAAGCAUUAAUAAAGUCAUCGCAAGUUUUCAAAGACUACUCCCCAUCUUUUUUCACAUAACUUUAUUUUGAGAACCCAAAAUGCUCUUCGAAAACAAAUUCAACCUUUGCAUUCAUAAAGCGGCGUAAAAAUACGGAUCCUGUCGUUUCUCCUAGGAAACAAAUUUGCGCGCGUUUUAACGGUUUGAAAAAUAGCCAUCUACCUGCCAAUUUGAAUUCAACUGAAAGAAAAUAAAUGGACUUCAGUUUUUUUUUUUCUGUAUUUAAGGCUUUUUUUUAGCUCAAAACCUCAGAAUGUUGCCUUUAAUUGGAAUUUCACAGCGAAAUAAUUUCUGAAAGAUCUUCCGAAUCUGCGUUAACUCAAAACUUUUCGCGAAGUUUUGAACUCUGGAUUUUUUCUUUACUCUCAUCAUUUGCGUGAAUGUUUUUUUUUUGUGUUUCCUUUCCACUUUUUCAUACUUUUUGCUUUUUCGUAGUUUGGACGAAAAUACCAGAAAAAAAGCCGACCCAAGAAAAAAAAAUGGGUGGAGUCUGUUUUGAAAGAAGCGUUCCAAUCUUUUCGUCGUAGGUGACAUAUUUAUGAAAGAUGUUCAUUUCAGAACCCGAAACUUCCGGCUCAAAAUAUCUUGAGAAACGCUCAGAGUUUAGCUCUUCUCUCUUUAUUCUCUACUGUAGUGUUUCGUGGUAACUUGUUCUUCACUGUUCGUUCUUACUAAUCGGUGGUCAUUUGUAAGCUAAAGGUGUUUAAAUACUAUGUGAUGCCUAGUUGAUAGAAAGUACUAUAGGCAAUCUCUCCCGACUUCAAAGGCAAGAUAGGUCAUUCGAGGCGAGGCCUGUCCCGAACUACCAUUUUUUCUAAUUUCUCUCUUUUUUCGGUAGUUUUGCAAUAAUUCAUAUUUCUAUGGUUUUGUGAGAAUUUAGUUGAAUGGCAAACUUUUUUUCCUUUUUGUCUACCAUUGCGUUUGACUUCGAACUUCCCGCCAUAAUCAGGGUCGAGUACUCAACAAGUCACUUUUGCCAACCCAUCUCGCCGGCCAAGUCAGGUAAAAUUGAUACUAACCUGGGAGCACUCGCAAAAGACAGGUUGGAUAGGGAUAUUAUUAGAUACCACUUCAAUGUACCAUAAAGUAGAGAUGGUAUUUGUGAGCUGAUAAAUGACCACCGAUUGAUUUUGGUUUAGCUACCCGGUUGCUACUUAAUAAGUUGAUCUUUUAUUUAAAUGGAAUGUUGACAUGUCGAAAAAACGAGAGAUCAUAAUCAUGAGACAUGUUAAUCGUUCGGUAGCAAGAAAUGUUAAACAAUCAUAUUUUGGUAACAUGUCAUGAAAAUAUUGGUUGAACGUUUGAUCGAACGAUCGGUUUGGUGAACUCUACUACUUAUGUCUUAUUUCCGAUUGAAUUUAGUCUAAAUAUUUCAAAGCUUCUUUCAACUCAAUUUAUAUGUACCUUCUUUGUGAUGAAAUAAUAAAAAAAAUAGGGAAAAUCAAGAUAAUCGUUCGAAGUUAAAAGUAUUUUGAGGAAAAAAAGAAACGUCAAAGCAUUCAGGAAACAAUUAGGAUACACUUGAAUGACCCGAAGUUUUCAAAAUUUUAGUGAAUGCUUGCAUGGCCACGCAGAUGUAAAAUUUUUAAUGUUUAACCAUGAGAACGUGAGCUUCAAAUUGCUGAACUGAAUUCCAUCUGAUGUGGGUUCAGUCUUUAACAAAUAUAGUUUUAAACUUCUUAAUAAACGGUUUGGCCUUAUCAGUUUGAGUACUAAUUUGGUCAGUUUUUUUUUCUUUUUUUUUAAAUUUCCAUCCACAUAGAUCUGCUGAUAUAGUCUGUUCACAUUUUGAAUGUCAAGCAGCAGACUCCGCCCAUAACAACGCUCUGUAGAUGGCUCGCUCUCUGAUUGGUUUGAUCUACGCAUAAGGGGCGGAGUUUGAGGGAUGACUUGAUAUUCAAAAUCUGAACAGACUAUAAAUCUUUUGAAUGCAUAUUAAAAAGCUCUAAUAUGAUGUUCUAGCAAAUUUCGGAGGAAAGAAAGAGUCUUUCGAAAUUUAAAUUCGUGAACACUUUGAACAGGGCAUAAGAAAAAAAAUGGUUAAAUUUUUCCGAAAAAGUUCUUUAUUCAAAUAGGGUAAAGAUCAUGUAACGCGUUGAGACGCGCUGGCGAACGCCCUUGUUUUUUGGCUGUCCUUCAGCCCACUGUAACCGGAAAUGCAUGCUUUUUUUUUCCUCUCGCAGUAGCAUUGAAUCUACAAUUAUAUGCAUUAUUGAAGAAAAUGUAGACGGGGAAAAACAUAAAAGAAGAAACUCAGAUUGGGUUCUAGUUUUUUUUUUCUCAUGGUUCGUCGAAUGAAAUUGAGUUUACAGAUGCGGUUGCUAAUGUUGGCGGCAAUUGUAUCGUGUUGUGCAGCUACACAAUGUUAUUCCUAUCGCGUGCCCGCAUAUAUGGAAUUGAACGAAACAAAUCGACGGGUUUCGUUUGAUUCAUCUCAACUCAAGAUAAUAAACGCAUUCAGCCGGUGUACUGCGGAAAGGCGGCUACUUCCUGUGUGAAAUCCUACAUUUUUAA